CUGGGCACGCUACAGUCACGUACAGUAUUUCGUGUCAAGCCGUUUAAAAUGCGACCCCUCGAAUAUCAACCAAGCACGACGAUGCAAAAAAGAAUCGCGAAUAUUUACCUGUGCGAAAUAAACUUUAAAUCGAAAAUGCCCAAAUAAGCGCGGUCUUCCGGUGACGUCACAUCCAUAUUGUAGCCAUAGCGAUUUGGUCACGUGGCCGCUCUUCGCGGCAUUCGUGAGGGACGUCUCGGGAGUGAAGCGCACAUCGCUGGCGAUCUGGAGAGGCGGCUUUUCCAGCUCACUCCUCGAAAAUGUCUAAGCUCAUUACCUUGAUGGUGACGUCGGCGAUAAUAUGGCAACAUGUUCGCAUUACUCCACCGAGUGCUUGGGAGAAAAAAACAACCUUCAACCCUGAGGAGAACUCCACAAGCGCUCCUGAAUUUGGCCAAGUCCCCGUCAAGCAAACACCGAUGGACGGCACCAAAGAUGACCAUGAGGGCACACGGGUCAAGGUGGAGUUCUUGGCUCAAGGAACGCCGUGCACUAAGCCGGAGCAAGGGCUUGACGACACUGGAUUCCACACGGACACCGCAUCCGAUUAUGCCAAGAUCAUCCACCCCGAUGACAUCGUCAACAGCAUCUUGCUUUUCGUGCAAGUCUGGCUGUGGCUGCAAUCCCGAAAGGACCUGUCACCGCCCAUCAGCAAGAAGAUCAGGACUGUGUGUCGCAACAUGAAUACGUUGAAAAACAAACUAAAAAAAGUCCGAAGGAAAAUGAAGAAAAGACUUCCGAAAUCUCCAGCCACCAUUGAAAACGUUGCUCAUGAAGAUAUUGACCUGCAACCUUCUGAAAUAAAUCGGGUGGCGAUUUGGCAGCGGCAGGAAUACAAGCCAGACCCGGAGCCUGAAGUCUACGAGGCCAUCGAUCCGACUGGACAACGAUUCCAGAAACCCUACAAGGAGAUACACUAUUCCCGCCACAACGAAAACACCCAAGUGGACCAAUGGGCAUACAUUCGCAAAUAUGCCAACAAACUUGAAUACUACAAAAAGAUUCAACCCCGCAACACCCCCGUUACUUACCACACCUUCAACCGCAAGAUGAAAGACCGACAGGACAUUUGCUUCAUUGAGGAGAACUCCGCCAUGAACAGAUGCACGGUUCACAUCACCAAAGCACGAAACGGGCAACAAACAACCAAUGUGUACGUCUUCUCCAUGCCCAAAACCUCCAGCCGUUAGAUGAAACUACAUACACUCACACACACGGAGACCUACGCACACGCAAACACUCACACACGCAGCUAUACGGACUGUUGGGGAAAAGUGCUGUGGAAGGCUGGCAUGGAACACAAGGGGGUGGGUGGCCAACACCAUGCCCUCUCUCUCCAGCACGGACAUUUACACACAACUCCAGGAACUCAUUUCGGGCCAAGUCGACCGAGGGGAGGUCCAGGACCAGUUCAGAUAUCAUCACUGGUGUUGGUGGCCUUGAACUGGAAAUUAACUCUGGUGGCAGGGUUCAUCGCGAAGUGCACCAACUACUACACCACCGCCCCCCGUGCACACACUGAUACACAAACACACACACUCGUAUACACACUUGUAUG